AUGGAAGCCGCAGAGCAGCUUGACAAAAAACCUGAUGUAAUUAUUGUCUGUGUUGGUGGAGGAGGUCUCUUGAUUGGUAUUGUUGAAGGGAUGAAGAAAGUUGGUUGGGAAGAUGUGCCUGUAAUUGCCAUGGAAACAAAAGGAGCUGAUUGUUACAACAAAGCCAUUGAGAAAGGGAGUCUCGUUACACUCCCAGGUAUUACCAGCAUUGCAAAGUGUCUUGGUGCCUUGACUGCAGCGGAAACCGCACUUGAAGUUUACAAGAAGUUCAAUAUAAUCUCAGUAGUUGUUGAAGAUAAAGAGGCUAUCAAUGCCUGCCUACAGUUUUUGGCUGAUGAGCGGAUGAUGGUGGAACCGUCUUGUGGUGCCACCUUGGCAGCCAUUUACAGUGACGUCAUCAAGAAACUGCAGAAAGAGGAGAAACUUGGGUGCAUCAAAUCUGCACUCGUUAUUGUCUGUGGUGGAAAGUUGGUAUCGUUGGAUCUACUGCAGGCAUGGAAAAAACAGUUUGGCCUUUAG